AAGAAAAUGCUUUGCUAAACGAUUGAUUGAGGCAUUGAGGCAGAGGGAUUGUCAAGUGAAAAUGGGGACCUUCCACUUGUAACAUUAGCUUUAUAAUAUUAGUUACCAAAAGUUCUUGUCAUCCACUGGUGAAGGAGAACAUUUGGAAUAUAUACACUCUUCAGUGUGAAAAUAGUCAGUUCCUAUCACAUCAACCUGUGGCGUGCUGUGCAAUGAUCCCAGAGGAGGAAGCGGUUACCACCGUGUGUGGGAAGCUAUGCCCAUUGGUCAGCUUUGAGUUUGAGCCAGUUGGACGAUGGUUCGAGGCCCACCAUCGCCGGGCGCACACCCAUCACUCACAGUCGCAUCAUUCUGUGGACAGCAGCUCAAGCGAGUCUUCCGAGGAGGAGGAAGAGGAGGAUCAGUUUGAUGAAGAGAACGAAUCUCUUCUGUUAAGACUGAACCCAAAGGAAUGGAAGAAACAAGAUCACUACGCUGUGUUGGGACUGAGUAAGCUACGACACAGGGCCUCUGACGACCAGAUCAAAAGAGCUUACAAACAGAAAGUCCUGACCCACCAUCCAGACAAGAGGAAAGCGAAAGGAAAAUCUGUGAAAGAAGGAGAAGACGAUUAUUUCACUUGUAUAACCCGAGCGUACGAAGUCCUGGGCAACAAGCAGAAACGACGGUCCUUCGACAGCGUGGACCCCGAGUUUGACGACAGCGUGCCCAGCACCAGUCAAGUCACCAAAGACAACUUCUUCACCCUCUUCCAGCCGGCCUUUGAGCGCAAUGCUAGGUGGUCGACAAAGAAACGGGUGCCCAAGAUAGGAGAUGAGAACACUCCUUUUGACGAAGUGAACAACUUCUAUUCCUUCUGGUAUGAGUUUGAUUCCUGGAGAGAGUUCUCCUACCUUGACGAAGAAGAGAAGGAGAAAGGAGAGAAUCGCGAUGAGAGGCGCUGGAUAGAGAAGCAGAACAAGGCAGCUCGGCAGAAGCUGAAGAAAGAGGAAGUUGUACGUCUGCGACAGUUAGUUGAUAAUGCUUAUACCUGUGAUCCGAGAAUACUGAAGUUUAAGGAGGAGGAGAAGGAGAGGAGGAAUGCGGCUAAGAAGGCCAAGCAAGACGCGGCCAGGCAAAGGGUAGAGGAGGAAGAGAGGAGAAAGCAAGAAAUCCUGGAUGAGGAGAGGAGAAAGAAAGAAAAAGAAGAGGAGGAGGCAAAGGCCCAGGCUGCCAUUUUGAAGAAAGAAAAAGAUGCGUUGAAAAAACAGCUGAAGAAAGAGAGGAAGUCUAUGAGAACCUUCAUAAAGGAGUUUGAGUAUUUUGCCAGCACGGAGGAGGAGAGAGUGAACAUGCUGCAGGAGAUGGACAGAGUGGCGGAGUUGCUUUCUCUUACCAGUCUUCAAUCUCUGAAUGAACAGCUGGGAAAAGGGGACAAGGAGACAGGGAAGGAAGCUUUUCUUAGCAAGAUCCAAGAGGUGAACGACGAGAUAGAGAAAGAGAAGAAGCUCCAUCUGGAGAUGACCCAGCAGAAGUCAGGGGGAGACAACUCCAGUGUGAAGAAGUCGUGGUCAGAGGCGGAGACGCAGACGCUGAUCAAGGGAGUCAACUUGUUCCCCGCGGGGACCCAAGACAGAUGGGAAGUGAUAGCCAACUUCAUCAGCCAGCACGUUGCCAGUAGCAAUAAGAAUGCCAAGGACGUGCUGUCUAAGGCCAAAGACUUGCAGAAGAACGACAUGAAGCUGAAGGAAGAGGCCAAGAAGAACGCGUACUCCAAGUUUGAAAUGUCCCACAAAGCUGCCAAGUCUGGCGACAUGGAGCGACCCAGUGAAAGACAUGAGACGGUGGGCGAGCAGCAGGUGCGAGAGACGGGCAGCAACCAGGCGCCCUGGACCGCCGACGAGCAGAAACUUCUGGAACAGGCGCUCAAGUCUUUCCCCGCCAGCGAGUCCGACCGCUGGGACAAGAUCGCGUCAGUGAUUCCUUCACGCAGCAAGAAGGACUGCAUGAAACGAUACAAGGAACUUUGUGAACUCGUGAAGGCGAAGAAACAGGCUCAGGUUGCUGUGGCCAGCAAGAACAAGAAGUCAUGACAGCUUGUCGGGUCGUUUGUCGUCUUCUGCCUGCGUGUUUUCUCUGACAGACUUACUGUGUGUUAUAGGGAGGGGCAGGGGAGGGGGGAUGGUGGUUGGGGAGGGGCGGGGAACGCUUAGGGAGGCUGAAAUAACAGAUUUGUGUGGGUUCCCCUGUCAGUCCGAAGGUGUAGAACCCAGAUGGUCACUGGAUCGGAAAAGUAAAGUAAAGUAAGUGUGGGUUACCCAUUUAAUCCAAAAUGGAACGACUGAAGGAUUAAAGUUAUAAGAGAGGGGGUAUACUAAGAUAUUGCGAAGAACUUUGAAGCAUUUUGUGAUGGGGAGGGGGGGGGGGAAGCAAUGG